AUGCAUGCCUCCGAGUCCGAUCGAUGUCGCAGACUGGUCAACCCUGACCAGAGGGGUGGAUUCGGACUGCGCAAUCUGGUUGCAUCUGCAACAGUCGAGAAUGAGUCCAUGGAUCAGAGGCAAGUUGAGAGGGCCCAGAAGAAGCUCGACAGUGAGUACGCAGGCAAGGGGAUGCGUGCAAGCCUCAUCUAUGAAGUCUUCAGGAAAACGCCGCAGCCAGAUGGGGCAAACGCACCUUCUCGCAAAACGUGGGAGAAGGUGCAGCUUCGAGAGCCCGAUGCUGAGCUUGACACGCUCUGGGCUCCGGAGCGGUGCAACUGCCAUUGUGGCUGCCGCGCCGAGCUGGGCGAUGGCGAGGGGAGCCGCUGCAAGGACUGUCGCUCUCAAGGGCCAAGGCACCGGCGGUUGAAGCAGAGCCAAGCAGAGCAGAGUGUCGUGCUUGGCCGCUUUUGCAGAGUCCAAUCUCAAUCCUGCUGGGAUCCUAGUACUAGUGCGGCACAGGCGUGCGUGAGCAGUCUGGUACAAGGCUGGCUGCUGUUGCACGAGCUUGCUUUGCAUAGGGCGGCAAGCAGCAGGGAGUCUCUGGAGGGUGGCGAUACGACGCAGCCAGUCCACACAACCAAUCACAAAAUGUCGUCCAAUCCUGCCAGCUGUGUGUACCAUUACAGAGCUUUUGCGGCCGACCAUCAAGCAGUUCCACAUGAUGUGGCGGAAUCGAUCCGACAUCGCAUGAUGCGAAGUGUGGGUUCCCACCUAAGGCCGUUCAUUGUUUGCGACUGUCCGCCAGACCAAUCCAAGUUGUUGGCUGUAGGGUCCGGGUGGCUUGCGAAGGCGACAGUGUACAGUUGGGGAGAAGCGAAGAUGUUCGGGUACCGUCUGUGCCUACAAAAUGCGAGCCAUCCUAGCCUUUCAUGCUUGAUCGAGGCCACGGAGUCGCAGCAGGAGCUGGCAGAGACCACGUGGCAAAGGCCUGAAGCGAAAGGCCAUGAUCUUAGGGCAUGCUGCGACAUCGAGAGGGUCAGCUGUGAUGGGUUUGGCCUCGGGGUGCUUCUGAUGUGGGGGAGUUUGGGAGUCAGGGUGUCUUAG